AUGGCAGGCGGAUCACUCAAGUCCUUCAUUGGGUCAAUACGUAGGAAGCCGUCUACUGCGCCCGACCGAAAGAGUAACUCUGAGGCGACUGGUCAAUCAAAUGGCGAGAAGACAUCUUUGUUGAGCGACCUUCGAGGUCUGGGACCCGGAAAGGUCAAGAUGCUCGCAGGAGCUUUGGUUGAUCUUGCGUCGGGAGAACCACUGGACGAUAAAGAACUAUUGCUAGAGAACGGGGUGGCUAUGCUGCAAUCGCUUCCUCUGAACAGCGGACUGUCUUCCACUGUGUCGAAUGGUUUCAUCUCAAUGCUUUGGGGCGACCUUCCACAUCCUCCAGCGACCUUGGCCGGUCCCACGACAAGAUACAGACGACACGAUGGUGGGAACAACAACCCAUUCCAGCCUGAAAUGGGAAAAGCUGGCACACCGUACUCUCGAAGCGUUCCUCCAAACACUCCCAAAGGACCAAACCUCCCAGACCCCGAGCUUGUUUUCGAGCAGCUUUUGAAGCGAACGGGGCCUUUCCGCGAGCACCCGUCUGGGCUGAACAGACUGUUCUUCUCUUUCGCUACAAUUGUCAUCCACGAGUGUUUCCAGACCAAUCGCGAACAACCUUGGAUUAACGAUACCUCCAGCUACGUUGACCUGAGUACCCUGUAUGGAAAUACCGAGAAAGAGCAGCCUCGAGUUAGGACAUAUAACAAUGGUCUCAUUUACCCCGACUCAGUUGCUUCGGAGAGAAUCAUGAUGAUGCCUCCUGGUGUUGUAGCUUUGAUGAUCAUGCUGAGCAGAAACCACAACUCCAUCGCAGACUCCCUACUCAGCAUCAACGAAGAGGGCAAAUACAAACCUUGGGAUAGCCUCAGCGAAGACCAGCAGAAAUGGCAAGACAACGACAUCUUCCAACUUUCACGCAACAUCAACGUCGGUUUCUUCGCCACGGUCGUCCUGAGAGACUAUGUCGCCAGCAUCCUCAACACCCCCCGCGCCAAUUCGACCUGGUCACUGGACCUCGGAGCUGAGAUUAAAAAAGGAGGACAACGUGUCGAAAGAGCUACAGGGAAUGUCGUAUCCACAGAAUUCGCGGUGCUGUACCACUGGCACGCAGCUCUGAGUGCCGCUGAUGCCGAAUGGAUGGAGGAUAUCCUCCGAGACAGCCUUCCAGAGCUCGGUUCCAUCGACGACGUGAACGUAGAGUCCUUCAAGAAGGUCAUGUACGUUCAGGGACACAAGCUCAAGGAUACUCCUCCCCGUCUAUGGACUUUUGGAGGACUACAGAGAGGACCCGAUGGUCGUUUCGCCGACGAGGAUCUCGCUGAKAUCAUCAAAAACUGCGUCGAUGAGCCCGCACACGCUUUCGGCGCGCAUGGAACUCCCGCGAGUUUGAAAGUCGUGGAUAUCAUGGGUCAGCUCCAGGCUCGCAACGCGUUCAACGUCUGUACGAUGAAUGAAUUCCGUGCGUAUCUGAACCUCAAGAAGUAUGCUAGCUUUGAGGAGUGGAAUCCGGAUAAGGAGACUGCUCGCUCUGCAGAGCUUUUGUAUGGUCAUAUUGAUAAUUUGGAGCUGUACCCGGGAUUGAUGGCAGAAUGUACCAAGCCCGCCAUGCCUGGAAGUGGAGUCUGUCCUGGACAAACGACUGGCCGUGGUAUUCUGGAUGAUGCUGUCGCGCUGGUUCGUGGGGAUAGGUAUUUGAGCUACGAUCUGAACAGCUCCACGCUCACCAAUUGGGGUAUUUCAAAAGUGGGAGAUCUUCCAGCUGGAUGCUAUGGCGGUAUGCUUCCUCAUAUCCUUUUCACGGGUCUCCCAACUGCUUUUUCCGGAACUUCUCCCUACGWUCUGCUACCAUUUUACACGCCAAAGGCAGUAGCAGAGAUCCUCAAAGGCAACAAAGUCAUCGAUCAGUACGAUCUCAAGCGCAACCRAAGCGAUGGCACAGUAGCCGCAGUGCACACUCAAGAGGCUUGCAAAGCCGUCUUCCAGGACCAGGUCAACUUCGAACCAAAGUUCCAGACCCCAAAGACAGACGUUCUCAACAAAGUAUUCUACGAAGACGGCUUCGAGCUCAACAUCGCCAAGUUCUUCCGCGAGCACACGGCCUACCUGAUCAAAUCCAGCUCGUUGAAGUACGCCGGAUCCAAGAGGUCGUUGGACGUUGUGCGCGACAUCACCAAUGUCACGCCAAUCAUGUGGCUUGCUCUGCGCUUUGCCAUYCCACUGAAGACAGUCGACUCGCCAAAAGGUCUUUUGUCACUGCCUCAGCUGUUUGACAUGUUUGUGGUGCUGUUCAUUUACCAGAACUUCAAUAUCAUCCCCGCCAACGAAUGGAAGCUACGUGAGGCAUCUAACGCUGUCGAGCCAGUGCUCCGUCAAAUCAUCGAGACUCACCUCAAGACGCAACAAGGAUUGAAGGAGAAGUUGAUUGAUGCCAUGGCCAAGGGCUCAUCAUACGAGGUCGGUCCGGAAGCCGAUCGUCUCUACCACGCUCUGAACGACUCGAAGAAGCCGAUUGGUGAUUUGGCCACAGACUGCAUUGGAAUGGGAGCCCCAAUUGCUGGAAUCGUUUCGCAGCAGGGUUCUCUGCUGAUCGAGAUGUUCCUCAAGCCCGAGUACCAACAGUACAAGGAGCGUAUCGUAGAGCUCGCCCACAAAGAAGAUGCAGCUUCCGAUAAGGAGAUGCAAGGCUUUGUGUUUGAAGGCAUGAGACACGCCGGUAUUGUUCCCGGAUUUCCUCACGUCGCGGUCAACGACACCACGGUGCAGGAUGGUGAGAACGGGCUUGUCUCCAUCACACGAGGCCAGAUUGUGCUAGCAGCGACUUCCAGCUGUGCCAUGGACCCAAUAGCAUUCCCAGACCCCGAGAAGCUGAACCCACGCCGUCCAGUCGAGGCCUACAACACCAUGCUCGGCCAAGGCCUCCACUCUGAUAUUGGUGCGAGACUGAUCGGUCCGGCCCUCGUUGCUACUCUCAAGGAAGUCUUCAAGCUCAAGAACGUCCGCGCUGCUCCUGGAAAACGAGGCUGCUUCACUACAACCGAACGUCAAGUCGGUGGUGUGCCCAUGAAAUUGUUCUUGGAUCCUAACUGCAAGGAGUCGCCCAUCCCCACGACGCUGACAAUUGAGUACGAUGAGUAG